GGUCAGGGGGCGGGGUCGUUGGGGGUUUUCAGCAGCAUCUCUCGCCCCUGGUCCAGCGGACAUCUGGAGCAGCGCUGGCCGGGAUUCAAACCCUCCAGCAUCGAGCUUUGACAUCCCACACCGAGGCGAGGCGGGUUCCCCUCUCUGCCUGCAGCUGACGCGCAGCCGCGCUGCGGUCUCGCUACUCUGACGGCUGCACCUCCACCAGCAGGCUCCGGAGACGCUCGCUGACAGACCGAUCCCAGCAACAAACCACGGAAAUCAGAGGAUGAAAACCCAGGAAGGGGUCCUGGAUUGAACUGAUCCUGCAUGUGACAGCUCUUGAGGCCCGAUGGAGGCUGCGACACGUCUGGUGUGUCUGGAUCCCGGUUCUUGUUUCAUUCUGGAAUAAAGAGUCGUGAUUGGAACGAGGGUUCGGCGCCUUUAUUAGUUUGUCUCUUUGCAUCUAAUUUGAGGCAGACAGCUCAAACGGUCCUGAUCCAGAGUUGGAGGGAGCAGGCGGAUCCAUCCAUCUCCUCUUCCCGCUGCCGGUCUGGAUUAGAGCCCAUCAGCAUCAUGAACCACCCCCCCUCUGCGGCUCUAAUCUGGGUUUUAUCCAUCUGGAUUUAAGUCCGAGAUCUGAUCUGGAUUACUGUUCUCCUGGUUCCGAUCGCGUCCAAUCUGAGCCGGUCCCGGUGUAAUUAUCUUGGGUUUGUUUUUUUGUCCUAUCGGUGUCCGAUAGUGGGGUCCUGCAACAACCAUGCCGACGUCCCGUCCGGGUUCGGAGCCGGUGGAGUUCUGGGUGGACGGGUCACGGCGGGACGGGACGGUGGAGGACUUCUACACUCUGGGAUCCGAGCUGGGCAGAGGAGCAACGUCCAUCGUGUAUCGCUGUGAGGAGAAGCAGACCCAGAAACCCUACGCUGUCAAAGUCCUCAAAAAAACGAUUGACAAGAAAAUCGUUCGAACAGAAAUCGGCGUCUUGUUACGUCUUUCACAUCCCAACAUUAUCCAGUUAAAGGAGAUCUUUGAAACAGAUACUGACAUCGCACUCGUGCUCGAACUGGUGACAGGAGGAGAGCUUUUUGACCGCAUUGUGGAGCGCGGUUACUACAGCGAGAGAGACGCAGCCCACGUCAUCAAGCAGAUACUAGAGGCCGUUGCGUAUUUGCAUGAAAAUGGGGUCGUCCAUCGAGAUCUCAAACCGGAGAACCUGCUUUAUGCCGACCUGUCCCUGGACGCUUCACUAAAGAUAGCCGAUUUUGGACUUUCAAAAAUUAUUGAUGACCAGGUGACCAUGAAGACGGUCUGUGGUACUCCAGGUUACUGUGCUCCAGAGAUCCUGCGGGGAAAUGCUUACGGCCCUGAGGUGGACAUGUGGUCGGUGGGCGUCAUCCUCUACAUCCUACUCUGUGGGUUUGAACCCUUCUUUGACCCAAGGGGGGACCAGUACAUGUACAGCCGCAUCCUCAAUUGUGAUUAUGAGUUUGUAUCUCCGUGGUGGGACGAGGUCUCUCUGAAUGCCAAGGACCUGGUUGGUAAGCUGAUUGUCCUCGACCCACACAAGCGCCUCAGUGUCCGGGAAGCCCUGCAGCACCCCUGGGUGCUGGGCAAAGCUGCCCGCUUCUCACACAUGGACACCACGCAGAGGAAGCUGCAGGAGUUCAAUGCUCGACGCAAACUUAAGGCUGCCAUGAAAGCUGUUGUGGCCACCAGUCGAAUGCACGAGGGUUCCCGGCGUCGAACAGACAGCUGUGAGAUUCAAGGUUCAGGGACUUCCCGGCAAAGCAGCAUGCAGCAGGACCCACCCCCUGAGUCUUUGGGCUCUGCUACCAGAGACAAAGACGUCCCCUCCCCGGACCAGCAGGUGCCACAAGAAGCUGAAUCAAAGUUUGACGACCAAAGUGCCCACAGUCCCUCCCCUCCACGGAGUCCCAAUCCAGUCAAGCCUGACGCCACACCCACUGGCCCCGCCCUCACCAGGCCGCCGCUGCGUGGCGACGGGCUAAGACAGGCAUCGGUAAUUCCAAAAUCCAUGCUGGUCCAACCACGGCUGCCACAGAAGAGCUGCUCCGUCAUAGAGUCCAACGCCAGAGUGGAAGAGACAUCAACAGGCUUGCCUCUAAGCCCCAACAAUCUCAGCAAUGGCUUCUCGCCAGGGGCGGAGCCUGCUAGGCAUGAUGGCGGCUCAAAGUCCUCAGACUUGCGGAAAUUCUCAGAGGACGAACUGGAGUUUUCUGCUUCUCAGUUUUUUAUCCUUUGUACUGCAGCUGUUUGAGUAAACGGUGUAACUCCAGUUUUUAGGUAAGUAAUUUGUGUUAGUGAGCUUUGAAAAGCGUUGUGUUGUUUACACUUUAUCAGCAGUGACCAUGCUCUCUUCUUUGGACUGUACAUAUGAUAGUUUACAAGUCAUAAUUACUCACAUCUUGAUGCUUGACUUUAUCAGACAUGUUUGAGCUCCCAAGACAGAAAACUAAACCUCUGCUGAAACAAACACCUGAUCUGAAACCACACAUUCUACCUCUCUUUGUACAGGGGCUUCCAAAAACAUCAAUGCAGGACUUCCUGAAGACAAAUAUAUAUAGAUAUAGAUAUAGAUAUACAUUUGAACUAUUUUUGGUUAAGACAGUCCAAAGGGUUUGAGUCUUAGAAAAGUGAAGAUGCAUCUUUUAGUGUUUGUUUCCAGCCAACUUGAGGUGUUUCCACCUGGGAUUUAUUUGGAGUAAAUGGUACAUGUGGAGGAAAGCUGCAGAGUUGAAGAUUCAAACUGUAAGCUGCAAAUAUCAAAUGAUAAAUAAUAAAAACAGUCCCCGAGGCUUCAUACGGAUAACGUAAUUACUAGUUUUUCAAUUGAUUAUUCUCAAAAUUCAAAGAUUUUUUUCUUUAAAUAUCUUCUUUGGUUACAGUUCUUUUUUGUACCCUGGAGUCGAAGACCCACUCUGAUCAUCUUUUCAGCUAUUUUCAAAGUGUUCGAAGUGGUCUUUUAGUUAUGAUUAUGUCGUUUUUAGCCCAAAAAAUGGAUUGUUUUCUAGGACAUAGUUUCUGCUCAUAGACAUAGUUCAUUAGAAGUUCACCUCUGAGUCGGAACUGUUGGCACAGCGUAAGUGCCCCACUUCCUAUCAUCCAUUUGUUUGCAUGCUCUUCUGCUAGCUUACAGCCCCUCAGACCCCUGACCUUACAUUCACGUUGGGAUAAAAAGGGUGGGCAACAUUGGAGCAAUCCAGUCAUACAGUUUUAAGCCAGAUACUAGCUCAGACAGAAGAAAGAUGUACACGGAUCUAUUUGUCUGCAAGUGGAUGCAUCGGAGUGGAGAGGAGUGGCCUGUUGUUGUAGGUUCUACAUCACAACUACAAGCUUUUUCCAGCUGCAUUUUUUCAUCUGCCUUUGAUUCACAAAAAUGUAUAUAAAGAAAUACUCAUAUUUUAGGCUUAAUUU